AUGACCUUCAGCCUUCCAACCUCCAAAUUCUGGAACCCCCGAGUUUUGAUCGUCAUCUUCGUCCUAAACGCCUUCAUCUACACGAUCCUCCUCUUCCAUUCGCGGACCUUCGAUUUCGGUAGUGGAAGACUUGUAGACGAUGAAGUGACCAUUCAGCCUAUCCAUACAACUCCACCACCGACACAACCACCUCAUACACCUCUUAUUCCGAUAGAUUAUCCGCAUAAUGAGACACCGUCUACCUCGCCACCCGUAGUAGGAAAGUGGGCGUUCAACAGCACGCGGGAUUCCAAGAACUUUGGGCUGAGUGAGGAACAAUGCACAACUGCGUUCCGAGGGCUGUUUACUGAGAUUGAGAGAGCGGUGAGAUAUAGGAAGACGAUAGGACAGGUGAGGGUGGAGGAGAUUGACAUCUCAUCUGAAAAGGACGUCGCGACUGGUGGGAUGGUGCGGGCUAUGAUUUUAGAUCAACAGCUGUACAUAAUAGAAGCCCACAUCUCACUCGGCGACCACCCACGCAUGCGCGCCCUCGCAACUCUCAACGCCAUCCACCGCGCCCUCCUCACCUCCCCCGUCCCCAUCCCCAACAGCGAAUUCUCCUUCUCCGUAAACGACAUCCUCGCCCCCUCACCCCGACCCAUCUGGGCGCUCACCCGUCUCGCCACCGAGCCUGAAAAAUGGGUCAUGAGCGAUUUCGGGUACUGGGCGUGGUCACGGGCGUUGAUGGGCGGCUACGAGGAGAUGCGGGCGCAGAUAGCAGAACUGGAGAAGCCCUUUGAGGAGAAAAUACCCAAGGUGGUGUGGCGGGGUGAUAGGAAGAAUAAUGUGAAUCGUGUGAAGUUGAUUGCAGAGGCCGAGGGGAAGGAAUGGGCGGAUGUGAGGGAUAUCCAGUGGAGGGAUGCGAGACAUGUGACGGGGUAUGAUGCGGAUAGCACGAUUACUGUACCGGAGCAUUGCUUGUAUCAAUUUGUGAUUCAGACGGAAGGAUGGUCGUACUCGGGACGUGGAAAGUACUUGCAGAACUGUAAUUCGGUUGUGAUUAUCCCCAAACGGAUCUGGAUCGAACCGCAACAUGCGCUUAUUGUGUCGUCUGGUCCGUUGCAGAAUUUCGUAGAGAUCGAGGAGGAUUACUCGGAUCUUGAGACUGUGAUGGAGGAACUUUUAGCGAAUCCCGAGAAAGCGAAGAUGAUUGCGCAGAAUGGCGUGGAUGCGUUUAGGGAUAGAGCUUUGACGCCCGCGGCUCAAGCUUGUUAUUGGAGAAAGAUGCUUGUUGCCUGGGCGGAAGUUAGUCCUAAAGCUGAGAGGUGGGAACAUGUUGAAGGAGGAAGAAUUGGGAAGAGGAGGGGAGUGGAUUUCGAGACUUACAUUGUGAAAGAGGCAAUAAUGGACCCUGGUUGUACCUGGGCUCAGUGGUUCACAUUCAAGUGCUGA